AUGAAUACCUUGAAGCUGCUGUACUGGAAACUACGAGCUUCAUGUCUCCAUGAGGAGAAAUUAUUGAACUACUGCAAGCGGCUGGAAAAGGACACACAGUUUCUAACGAAUGAAGGGACGCUCAAUGAAAAACUGGUGGACAGAAUAGUUCUUCAUCUGUAUAGAAUCUAUCCCCAAAUUCUGAAUAAUACAGAAGCUGAAAUGUUCAGAAAUAUAAAUACUCCACUGUGUGUAAGAAUAUCUGAGCUCCUCCUUCAUCUGCAGAGCAAAAGCAACAGAGCAUGUAAGGAAUUUUACAAUGCUUUGGAGAUAAAUGAUGCGCACAUCUACAAAAACCUACCAAGCAAAUCCCUGGCCAGAACAAUAAGACCAUUGGGAAUGGAUAUGUACAAUAGAGAGAAAUACGUACUCAAUGGCAGGGGUCCUGUGUUUUUUCUGGCUUGUUUUAGUAUGGCAGCAGGAUUGGCUUUCCUGCUGUAUUAUUGUAAAGAAGAUAUUAAAUUUGAAAGUGCUGCUAAGAAGAUCAUAGGUUUCUCUUCUCUUGGUGUUGGAAGACGAGCUAGAAGGUACUUGUUAGCAUACAUUGAAGACCAGUCAAAGAGGAACUAAAGAAAGGGCAGCAGUUCAGCAACUAGCCUGCCUGCCUUAUCAACAAAUGACGGAGAAUACAUAUACUUUUUUUUAAAAGGAUGGUUCUUCUAUCAAAACCAAAGACAGCCAUAUUUAUCUAUUUGUAUUCCAAGAAAGAACUGCAAAGAUGCUCUGAAGGAUGACAGACUAUAUUUUACAAAUGAGGGAGGUCUCUAUGAAACCUUGUUAAAUCAGAUUAUUAUUUAUUUGACUAAAACAGAGCCUCCUGUUUUGAACAGUGGAGAAUACAACAGGUUACAAAACCCUUAAAUGGAAAGACACAGUCGUGCAGCCACACUUCUUGAUUUAUUGUCACGAAAAGGUGAAGAAAGCUGUAAUCUUUUCUAUACAGCAUUGAAACAGUAUGAUUCAUAUCUGUACGAACAGCUUCCAAGCCAAAGAAAGACAGGUAAUGAAUUUAAUUAUGCCAAUAAGCAAAACUCAUCAAAAAUUGAAAAGAAAUGUCAAGCUCUGCAUAAAGAAGGUACUAGAGUUUGUGCUUUUGUUUGGGAGUUUGUAAGUUCAUGGUAGUUUGACACAAUUUCUGUGCAUUUCUAACAAUCACACUGAUUAGUCCUUUGCUUUGUCAAUUGUCUUUAGAAGUAUAUAGUAGACUGCAUUGUCUCUCAUAGGCUUUUCAGUCUGUAGCAUCAAUUCAUAAUUGGUAUUUCCACAAAGCAUGCAUUGGAACAGUGGCUUAAUACUGAUUUUCAAUGCAAAAAAUGCAAUAAAUUCACAGUUAAAUAAUUUGUUAUGCCUUGUCUUCCACAGAUUCUUUUAUGCAGUGAUUCCUCUGCCAACAAUUUUAAAAUCAUGCAUCGAUGUAGUCCUUCUUCCUGCAGAGGACAAGAGAAUAAGUGUUUCCUGCACUUGUACAAGUUCUAAACUUAAAUUUAUGCUCAAAAUAUUAGGUGCAGUGAGACCAAAUGCUGUCACAUUUUUUGUGCUUUAUACUGAUUUUUUUUAAAAUUUAAAUUGUUGGUUUUUUUGUCACUCGGAUUUGCUGUCUACUUUUUUGUAUCUUCUCAUAUUUAUGAAAAUAUUAUGUAAAAAUGCAGAGCUUCCAUAAUCGGAUUUCUUAAAUAUGCUUUGCUUAAUGUUCAUAAGGGACUGUUUGAUAGCUACAAAAUUUAAUUUUAGUAUGUAAAGAUGGAUUUAAAGAAGGAGGAUACAGUAAGUCGUAUGCUUUCCUUCAAACCACAAAAGAUUCCACUGAGUUUUAAAUUCUGGCGUAUGUUAAUGAGAGUGAUAGAAAGUUUUAACUGAGGAACCAGCUAGCAAGUUAGAUGUAAAAACUGUUAUAAAGUUUGGUUUAACUUACUGGUGAUGCUGUUUCAAGAAAUUCCAAGUCAUUUUGCCAUGUCCAUAAGAUGUAGGAGCAGGAGUAGGCCAUUCGGCCCAUUGAGCCUGUUCUGCCAUUCAAUGAGAUGGUGGCUGUUUGGAUAAUGCUCCACUCUUCUGCCCUUUCUCCAUAACCUUUGAUUCCCAUAGUGAUCACAAAACUGUCUACCUCAGCUUUGGGUAUAUUUAACAAUCCAGCGUCUAUAGCCCUCUACAGUAAAUUCCACAAAUUCAUUACACUCCAAGAGAACAAAUUCUUCCUCGUCUCUGAUGAUUAUUGCCUCUGGUUCUAAACUUUCCCACAAAGGGAAGGAACCUUUCUGUAUCCAAUCGGUGAAGCUCCCCAGGAUUCUUGUAUGUUUUGUAUAUUUGUAUAUCAAAAGUCAAACCUUGUUGCUUUUAUAGGCUGUCUUACUUUGUUUUAGUGCUGCCUAAUUAAUUCUUAAUUAGUUACAUAGCGCUACAUUCAUCGCACCACCUAUGGGCACAGCACCUUUGGACCACCCAUCAUUUUUAAUAUUUUAACAUUAUGUUAGAAGGAGGUGGUGGCAGAGUGGUAAUGUCACAAGUAAUCCAGGUAAUGCUCUAGGAUAUGGUUUCAAAUCCCACUAUGGCAGCUGGUGGAAUUUAAAUUCAGUUAAUAAUUCUGAAAUUGAAAAGAUUUCUCAGUUAUUUUAAGCAUGAAACUGACAUGGAUUAUUGUGAAAACCUACCUGCUUCCCUUUCUGAAGAAGGGUUCAGACCCGAAACGUCAGCUUUCCUGCUCCUAUGAUGCUGCUUGGCCUACUGUGUUCAUCCAGCUCUACACCUUGUUAUCUCUGCUUCCUUUGUGUUGUUUGGGGAGAGAACUCUGCAGUCCUUCCUUGGUCUGACCAAUAGGGCACUCCAGACCCACAGCAAUGUGGUUGAUUCUCAAUUACCCUCAUAGAUAACCUAGCAAGCCAAUCACUUCAGGGGUAAUUAGAGAUGGGCAACAAAUGCUGGCCUUGCUGGCAAUACCGACAUCACAUGAAAGAAUAGAAAAAGCACAUUGGAUGCAGACUUAUAUCAAAUUAUUUUUCAAAAUCUAUCAUUGUAUUGAUCGAAAAAUUGGUCAAUUUACUCUGAAGAAGUGGUCUUGCCAUUGAAUUCAUAAACCUCUUCAGCUUUCCAAAGCUAAAAAAAGGACCUGAAGUAAAACAACUCUUGGCCAGAAUCAAUCUAGUUCACUAUAGUUGCCUGUCUAUCACAGAAUAGUGUUCAGAAUUCAAAACUCUUUGGCCUGCACAAACAUGUUUGGUGUGGGUAUUUGGGGUGUUAUACAGGUUUAGAGCUCUUACAAGGUACAUUUGAAGGCAAAUGAGAUCUUGUUCUGUUCUUGCCAUUGUGACAGUGGCUAAUUCUGAAUCUAUAUGUUGAAGUAGACAAAUAUAUUACUCUCCAGAACAAAAAUUCCUAGUUUCAAUAAGGCUCCCUAUGAAUGCCAUUUGUAGCUGGUGCGAAAAGUAGAAAGAAAGCUGACCUCAGCAACUCAUAUUCCGCUUGGGAACCCUGCA